GUGAAUGUUAUGAAAUCCUAUUCAAAAUCUAAAUGCCAAUGUUGAAUUGAGAGUACCCGUAAACAACCCACGAGAAAUAUGUGCGGAGGCUGGAAAAAAGCUGGCAUUAGAGGAAGGAGAGUAGAUAAUGACAAACAUAACCACCCCGUUAUAGUUUGGAGCGUUUGGUACUUGUCGCUAGCCACACUGGUGAUGAUCGUUUGUACAUCGGUAUUGUUUUUCUGUGUAUCAAUAGUUGUGGAAAUGCUGCAUAUGGACGUACUUCUUUCGCUAUCACUGCUUACUGGAAUCGUUAUGUUGCCCACGAAUUUCUACUUGCUCCACAUGAUAUCUAAAGGGGAAAAAAUAAAUCCUUAUACAAGAGUUUUCUGUUGGGAUCUCUGGGUCUGCAUGGCAACGAUAAUUAUAAUAAGCUUUAUAGGUACCUGUCUUUGCUCGUACAAGAUCUAUCACUGUAAAAUUUGCAUCAAAAAAUCCAUUUGUGAAGCUAUGAACAAUUAUAGGCACGACGCUAAACACAAACACCUUAUGGACAGUAUACAAUGGGGAAUCAGAUGUUGUGGGCUUGACUCCUAUACGGAUUGGUUUAGCAAAGAUUGGUACGAUUUCACACGCGACUACGAAUGGGAUCCCACUUCUGAUACAAAACUACGUUCGAAGGGAGUGGAGCUUGUUACUGAUAGCGUUCCUUUCAGUUGCUGCAAAUCAGGAUCGUGCAUAUCGAACUACUUGACGGAGAUGGGAACCUCGUCUAUACAUUUGAGUGGAUGCGCUGAGGAACUCUAUGUAAUAAUUAUGACUGCGCUGGUUAUUCAGUUCACUAUUUUUUUUUCCGUUUUUAUAGUUGAGCUUUUAGUUUUCAUUCUGGCUCUACCCAAAGAGAAAGAAGCCUGCCAACAAAUCAUAAAAGGCCAAACUCGCGUGUACGACGUGAAGGAACUUCUCAAUGUGAACCCCAACUUUAAUUGGAGUGGUUCGCUUGAGUCGGCCUUGGACGAGAGUGAUGCUGAAGAAACGGACUCGCCCAAGAUAGCAGUGGAAGAUGUGCCUGAUAAAUCAGCGCCGGGACUUCCCUAAUUUUGUACAUAAUAAAAUG